AUGAAUGCCGAUGAGAAAACCACUACCUCAGUCCUACCCUCUGGGCCAACUCCUUCGCAAAAUGCUUCUAUCCUUCGAAGGAUUGCACCGAAUGGGUGGACUAGACAGCCUCCUACUUUGAGGUCUGUGCACCAUACCCCGUCUCCAAGAUUGGUUAGCCGACCACGAGGAUAUGAUGAUCCUCAAGUUGAUUAUAUGCUCCGCAAAUCAUUAUGGAUGAUACAAAAUUUGUACAGGUCCAAUCCCAGUAAUGCUGAGGAGAAACAGAGUUCGCGUGAAUCAAUGGAUCGCUCAGUAUAA